AUGCAGAUCUUCAUCAAAAUGUUGGACGGCAAGACCGAGGUUCUCAAUGUGGAGUCGCACACCCUCAUCGACGACGUGAAGGCCAUGGUCCAGCGCCGCAGUGGCAUGCCAACCAUCUCGCAGCGCUUGAUUUUUGCUGGCAGGCAACUCGAAGACGGCAGCACGAUAUUCAGCUAUGGAGUUCACCGUCACAACACUUUACACCUU